CCAAACCCUUGCUUGUUCUACCCCGUCGAGCUCUUCUUCAUAUACUUCCGGCGGCCGCGCCGAUCGCCGUCGAGCUCAUCUCCGGCGGUAACAGAUGGAUCUGCAUUUGGAUUUUGAUGAUUAUUCAGUGUUGAUUCGAGAAGAUGCAUAAUGUAUGUGCUGUGUGAUAGGCAUGAUUGAAUAAAGUUAGAAGCACCUGUGUGGAAUUUGAGGAAAGGAUGUUUGGUUUCAGAAGGAUUGGGUUCAAAUCAUUUGCUCGCUGCGUUGUUUUUAGUUAUCAUUCCUUGCCUUAUUUGAGUCAUGGAUAUCUGCAUCAGCUUCCGGUAUCAUCCUCUAGUUAUAGUAGUGUGGAAAUGUUCAAGAUUGUGAAACAAAAUCCUUCCCAAUCUGUGUUUACCUUCACUACUUUAGCUGAGCCAAUAUUGGUCCAAGCUCAUGACCCAUCUCGACUAGCUUUGGAUUUGGUAAAUGCAGUUGAUGAACAAAGAUUUGAAGAAGCGUGGAAGUUAUGUGAGCGGCACUUGCUGAUGUAUGGCUUCCUGAGGACAUCUACCAUGACAAAACUCAUUUCUGGUUCUGCUGAGAGUUGUGAAUCCCAGUGGCUAACCAAAGCUUAUGACUUAGUAGAAAUGGUUUUUAAUGAGAAGAAAAAUGAAUUGCUGGAGAAGGAAGCUCUGAUUUACCUUUCUUUCAUGCUUGCCAGAUGUGAAUCACCCAUUCUUGCUGCGAAUGUUUUGAGAAAGUUGGUACAGAUGCAGGCAUUUCCCCCUCUGGCUGCUUGGUCAGGAGUCAUAGGACAUAUGUCUCGAACUGCUACUGGUGCAUUCCUUGCUGCUGAGCUGAUUGCGGAGAUUGGUUACCUCUUCAAUGACCAUAGGGUUGAUCCUAGCAAGAAGAGUAACAAGCCAUUGCUUUCAAUGAAGCCCAAUUCUGAUGUUUUCAAUAUUGCAUUGACUGCUGCCCUAUUGUUUGGUACUACAAGAAAAGCAGAGCAGCUUCUUGACAUGAUGCCUAGAAUGGGAGUGAAGGCUGAUGCCAACUUGCUGAUCGUAAUGGCUCAUAUAUAUGAACAAAAUGGGCGAGAGAUGAACUCAAGAAACUAAAAGCGACAUGAUGAGGCCUGCGGCCUUAGUUCUUUCCAGUUCCAGCAGUUCUACAACUGCUUGCUCUCAUGUCAUCUAAAAUUUGGAGACUUGUCUUCUGCAGCUGAUAUGGUAUUAGACAUGUUGAGAAAGGCUAAGGAAGCAAAGAUGUCUCUGGCCUCGGCAAAAUCUGUAUUGGCAGCUGUUGAAACCAGUAAAGCAUCAGUUACUGAUGAGGACCGUAAAUUCAAGAAACUGGAUGUUGUUGAAAAGUUCAGAUUGGUUAAAAGCUCAGCUCCUUCAUAUAAUGAGUUCUUGUGGGACAAGAAAUUUUCUAGGCUUGAAGCCGAGGCACAGGAAUCCCUUCGUCUGUUAUCUGAUAUGUUACUGGGCCAAGUUGACCUAGUUAAAAUGGAACGUGGGAUUCUUCAUCCUACUGAUAAAAUAUAUGCAAAACUUGUUAGAGCUUUCCUAGAAGCGGACAAGGUUAGUGAUUUGGCAGCAUUCUUAAUCACAGCGAGCAAAGAAGAUUCCCCAGCUUCCAUUGAGAAUUCUGCUGUUGUUCAAGUAAUAAAUGCAUGCAUUUCUCUUGGCAUGCUUGAUCAAGCACAUGAUUUACUAGAUGAGAUGAGAUUUUCUGGAGUUAGAGUUGGUUCUUCUGUCUAUUCUUCUCUUCUUAAAGCCUAUUGCAAAGAAAAUCGGCAGGGGGAUGUCAUGGCACUUCUAAGAGAUGCUCGCAAAGCUGGUGUUCAGCUUGAUUCAAGCUGCUAUGAGACUCUGAUCCAAUCCCGAGUUCAUCACAAGGAUUCUAGCGGUGCUCUCCAUUUAUUUAAAGAGAUGAAAGAAUCAAAUAUACCAAGAUCAGGUAGCCAUGGGUUUGAGACGCUGGUUGAAGGUUGUUCUGGGGGUGCGGAGGCAAGUUUAAUGGCUAAGCUUUUGGAGGAAAUAAAAGACAAUCAGAGUGUGAAUUGUGGUGUCCAUGAUUGGAACAGCAUUAUACAUUUCUUCUGCAAGAAAAGGUUGAUGCAUGAUGCUCAGAGAGCCCUGAACAAGAUGAGGGCUUUGGGACACAGCCCUAAUGCCCAGACAUUUCAUUCUUUGGUCACUGCAUAUGCUGCAAUCGGAGGAAAGUAUGUCGAAGUAACUGAUUUGUGGGGUGAAAUGAAAAUGCUUGCUAGUUCUAGCUCAAUGAAAUUUGACCAGGAGCUUUUGGAUUCCUUGCUGUAUUGCUUUGUUAGAGGUGGAUUUUUUCUGAGAGCCAUGGAAGUCAUAGAAAUGAUGGAGAAAGGAAAUAUGUUUAUUGACAAAUACAAAUAUCGCUCACUUUGGUUAAAAUAUCACAGGACAUUAUACAAGGGAAAGGCUCCCAAGGUCCAGACAGAAGCUCAGUGCAAGAGGAGAGAAGCAGCUCUGGCUUUCAAGAGAUGGAUUGGGUUUACAUGAACAUAAUGGUGAGCAUGCUCAAGAUUUCUGUAUGACAGCCUUAUAUUCAGAUUGGGAUGAAAACGCAUCUAAUGCAAUCAGUAUUGCAAGAGGAUUCCAUGCUGUACAGCAAGCCAUGCUUGGUCUUUUAUUGUGUUUAACUUGGAAAAUUUAAGUC